AUGUUCUUUUACCUGACCAAGAAAGUUGCCAUUCCAAAUAAUGUGAAGUUGAAAUGUGUAUCUUGGAACAAGGAUCAAGGAUUCAUAGCCUGUGGUGGUGAAGAUGGUUUACUGAAAGUGUUGAAAUUAGAGACCCAGACAGAUGAUGCAAAAUUGAGGGGUCUUGCUGCCCCUAGUAAUCUUUCUAUGAAUCAGACUCUCGAAGGUCACAGUGGUUCUGUUCAAGUUGUAACAUGGAAUGAACAGUAUCAGAAGUUGACUACCAGUGACCAAAAUGGGCUUAUCAUUGUAUGGAUGUUAUAUAAAGGCUCCUGGUAUGAGGAAAUGAUCAACAAUAGAAAUAAAUCAGUGGUCCGGAGUAUGAGCUGGAAUGCUGAUGGACAGAAGAUCUGCAUUGUAUAUGAAGAUGGGGCUGUGAUUGUUGGUUCAGUGGAUGGGAAUCGUAUAUGGGGAAAAGAUCUGAAGGGUAUACAGCUAUGUCAUGUAGCAUGGUCUGCAGAUAGUAAAAUCUUACUGUUUGGAAUGGCAAAUGGGGAAAUACACAUUUAUGAUAAUCGAGGGAAUUUUCUAAUGAAAAUGAAACUUAACUGCUUGGUGAAUGUCACUGGAGCAAUCAGUAUUGCUGGAAUACAUUGGUACCAUGGCACAGAAGGCUAUGUGGAGCCAGAUUGCCCUUGCCUUGCUAUUUGUUUUGAUAAUGGGAGAUGCCAAAUAAUGAGACAUGAGACUGACCAAAAUCCUGUCUUAAUUGAUAUCGGCAUGUAUGUCGUAAGUAUCCAAUGGAACCACACUGGUAGUGUGUUAGCUGUGGCAGGAUCCCAGAAGGCCAUCGCUCAGGAUAAAGAUGUAAACAUUGUACAGUUCUACACUCCAUUUGGUGAGCAUCUCGGUACUUUAAAAGUUCCUGGAAAACAGAUGACUGCAUUGUCGUGGGAAGGAGGCGGACUGAAAAUUGCGUUAUCGGUUGAUUCUUUUAUAUAUUUUGCCAAUAUUCGACCUGAUUAUAAGUGGGGCUAUUGCUCAAAUACUGUAGUUUAUGCAUAUACCAGACCUGAUCGUCCAGAGUACUGCGUUGUCUUUUGGGAUACAAAAAACAAUGAGAAAUACGUUAAAUACGUGAAGAGUCUUGUUUCUAUUACCACCUGUGGAGAUUUCUGCAUUUUGGCUACUAAAGCUGAUGAAAAUCAUCCUCAGGAGGAGAAUGAGAUGGAAACAUUUGGUGCAACGUUUGUGCUUGUUCUUUGUAAUUCUAUAGGCACGCCUUUGGAUCCAAAGUAUAUUGAUAUUGUACCACUAUUUGUUGCAAUGACCAAAACCCAUGUGGUAGCAGCUUCAAAAGAAGCCUUUUAUAUCUGGCAAUAUCGUGUGGCAAAGAAGCUUACAGCUUUGGAAAUUAAUCAGAUCAUGCGAUCUCGAAAAGAAGGGAGAGAAAGAAUUUAUCACGUUGAUGAUACUCCUUCUGGAUCAGUGGAUGGGGUGCUUGAUUACAGUAAGGCCAUUCAAGGAACAAGGGAUCCAAUUUGUGCCAUAACUGCAUCUGAUAAGACAUUAAUAGUGGGUCGUGAAUCUGGCACUAUUCAGAGAUACAGUCUUCCUAAUGUUGGUUUGAUUCAAAAGUAUUCCCUUAAUUGUCGAGCACACCAGCUAUCCUUGAAUUGCAACUCUAGUCGUCUUGCUAUCAUAGACAUUUCAGGAGUUCUGACUUUCUGUGACUUGGAUGCUCGGGUAACAGACAGCACAGGACAGCAAAUAACUGGCGAGUUGUUAAAAUUGGAACGAAAAGAUGUCUGGGAUAUGAAGUGGGCCAAAGAUAAUCCUGAUUUGUUUGCAAUGAUGGAGAAGACAAGGAUGUAUGUUUUCAGAAACUUGGAUCCUGAGGAACCCAUUCAGACUUCUGGAUAUAUUUGUAAUUUUGAGGAUUUAGAAAUUAAAUCUGUUCUUUUGGAUGAAAUUUUAAAGAAUCCAGAACAUCCAAACAAGGAUUAUAUAAUUAACUUUGAAAUUCGGUCCCUGCGAGAUAGUCGAGCAUUGAUUGAGAAGGUUGGAAUUGAAGAUGCAUCGCAGUUUAUAGAGGACAAUCCUCACCCCCGACUUUGGCGCCUACUGGCUGAAGCAGCUCUUCAGAAACUGGACUUGCAAACUGCAGAGCAGGCAUUUGUGCGCUGCAGAGACUAUCAAGGCAUCAAGUUGGUGAAGCGUCUGGCCCAUCUGCAGAGUGAGGCAAUGAAGCAGGCUGAAGUUGCUGCCUACUUUGGCAGGUUUGAAGAGGCUGAAAGAAUGUAUCUUGAUAUGGACAGAAGAGAUCUUGCUAUUGGCCUCCGGCUGAAAUUGGGAGAUUGGUUUAGAGUCCUCCAACUCUUGAAAACUGGAUCUGGUGAUGCAGAUGACAGUCUCCUGGAGCAAGCCCACAAUGCCAUUGGAGACUACUUUGCUGAUCGACAAAAGUGGUUGAAUGCUGUGCAAUAUUAUGUACAAGGUCGGAACCAGGAACGCUUAGCUGAAUGUUAUUAUAUGUUAGAGGAUUAUGAUGGGUUGGAGAAUCUUGCCAAUUCACUUCCAGAAAACAAUAAAUUACUUCCAGUAUCUCUUCACCUGCGAGACUAUGAAGAUAUGAUCCCCGCUGUGGAGAUUUACUCUCUGUUAGCAGUCUGUGCCUGUGCUAGUAGAGCUUUUGGUACCUGUUCAAAAGCUUUUAUUAAACUGGAAUCUUUAGAAACACUCAGUCCAGAACAGAAACAGCAAUAUGAAGAUCUUGCUCUAGAAAUCUUCACCAAACAUACUCCAAAAGACAACAGAAAGUCUGAAAUGGACAGCCUUCUUGAAGGUGGGGAAGGAAAACUGCCAACAUGUGUUGCCACUGGAAGCCCGAUCACUGAAUAUCAGUUCUGGAUGUGCAGUGUGUGUAAGCACUGUGUUCUGGCUCAGGAAAUAAGAAACUACAACUUCUGUCCCCUGUGCCAUAGUUCAGUUGGAUAA